AUAAUUUUUUUUUUUUUAGGCAGUGUUAAGACUUCUCCAGAUAUUUCUAAUUAAGGCAGAUUUUGAAACAGAAAAUACUUGGUGCUUGGGCAAUGAUAUCUUGUCUGUUUGCCGAGCUUUUCUAAAAUUUCAUGAUGUGCAAAUAUUUUAUUAUGAUCUUGCUGAAGUUCUUUGUUCAGUGGCACUCAAAUUCAAUGAUGCUGACGUCAAAGAUAGAGCUAAAAUCUACUAUAGUUUGUUGACUUCCCUGUCUAGAUUGAAAGUUCAGACUAUCUUCAAUUUACAAGCGUCAGAGAGAGAUACAAAAAACCCUUUUAUAUCUUUUGUAACUGGUGUAGAUUCUAAUUUUCAGUCAGCAUCUUCUAUUCAGAAGUUAGCUAAGCCUGUGUUACUACUAAAAAGAGUUAAACAAAAUAAUGGAAAUUCUUUAAAUGAUGUGAUGGCCAGAUCAGCUUCUGUACCUAUUGCUAAUGUUUUUGAAAUAUAUCAGCAACAUUUAAAAACACAUCACCAUGCUGUAUCUGUACCUUUUGCAGUAACAUAUGUUAAUGAUAUUGAAAAGCCAUUUUGUAAUAUGUAUAGCAUUGUUAUUACAGCUCAGUCAACUCCACUUUGUAAGGAAAUUUCAGAGAUUGAAAUACCUGUAUUAAAGGGAGACAAAGGGCAAGAGACACUUAUAAAUCUCAGAUUCAUACCGUUGGAGCCUCACCCCCUUACUCUGUAUUUUAGAGCAGAAUUUACCUGCAGUAAUGGCUAUACUUAUAACUGUCAUCUUCAGCCUGUUAUUUUGAAGUUUGAAGAUGCGUUUCUACCUCUACCUGUACCCAAGCAUCUUGACUGCUCUGUCUCAUUAUGGAGACACAAUCUGUUUAAUGAAUUAUGGGAUCGAUUUUUGGAAGAAUCUAAAUCUACACACAUAAAGGAGGUCAGAUACUGUCAGUCAGCAUUCUGCUUUGAUGUAAAAAAAGAUGAUUUGCCAAGUAUUGUGGAAGAAAGAUGGAAACCAUUUAUUAUUGAAAAAUUACCGAACACAUUAUAUGCAAUUGCAAUAUUUUUACCACCAAGGAACCAUUUAUUAAUGAAAAUCAGUAUUGUGAAUGAAAAACCUUUUAUUAAUAUUCUUGUUGAUAGUAUUUUAAUACUGCCAUGGGCAAAUGUAUAUUUACAAGAAAUAACUCAUACUACUGGAAUAUAAGAUUUAAAAUAAAUAUUUAUUGAAUGUG